AGAAAAGCGAGUCACGCGCUAGAGAGAGGAAAAACUGGAAAAAGAGAUUGCAGCGAGUGAGAGAGAGUGUUGAAGGAGAGCGAGUGGAGAUCAAUUCUCGGGAACCCUAAUCUCCCAAUUUGGGGGAAAAAUUCGUCGACUCGCCCAAACCAUCGCGUGGAUUUGCAGCUCUGAAGAUCCCAACUACAACAACAACACUAUAAAAACUACUACAGGAGCUCAAACGGAUGUUUGCUUUUCAGAUAGCCUCACAACAGACUUAACUGUAAGAAAACAGGCUGCACUGUCAUGGAUAUAGAUCUUAGAUUGCAUUCUGGAGAACAAGAUAAGGAAGUAGAAGAAACUAACGGGAUUGUUGUCAUGCUAGACGGGGAAGAAAAACCCCUCAAUAUAGAGGGAAGUGUGGAAGAUAUUGAGGAGAAGUUGCACAUUGAAGACGAAGAGGAAGUUGGCUCUCCCCUAAAUGACAUAGAUUUUAAAGACGUGACAAUUCUUGAGCCACUUCCAGGUAUGGAAUUUGGAUCGCACGGCGAUGCAUAUGCUUUCUAUCAGGAAUAUGCUCGAUCUGUCGGAUUUAGUACUGCAAUCCAAAACAGCCGCAGAUCGAAAACAUCGAGAGAAUUCAUUGAUGCGAAAUUUGCAUGCUCUAGAUAUGGCACAAAGCGUGAGUACGAGAAAUCUUUAAACCGUCCACGUAGUAGGCAAGGAGCCAAUCAGGAUGCGGAGAAUGCUACGGGGCGAAGAGCAUGUGCCAAGACAGAUUGCAAAGCAAGCAUGCAUGUUAAGAGAAGAUCCGAUGGGAAAUGGAUAAUACAUAGAUUUGAGAAAGAGCAUAACCAUGAGUUAUUACCUGCCCAAGCUGUAAGCGAACAGACAAGAAGGAUGUACGCUGCAAUGGCGAGACAGUUUGCUGAAUAUAAAAGUGCGGUUGGUCUUAAACACGACCCAAGAAGUCAAUUUGAGAAGGCCAGGAAUACGGCAUUGGAUGCUGGAGAUGUGAAUAUUUUGCUCGAGUUUUUCGUCCAGAUGCAGAGGCUGAACUCUAACUUCUUUUAUGCAGUAGAUGCCGGUGAAGACCAACGCCUGAAGAAUUUUUUGUGGGUAGAUGCUAAAAGCAGGCAUGAUUACGCCAGUUUUAGCGAUGUUGUGUCUUUCGAUACGAGCUAUGUAAGAAACAAGUACAAAAUGCCGUUAGCUCUCUUUGUUGGGGUCAAUCAGCACUAUCAGUUCAUGUUGCUUGGAUGUGCGUUGAUAUGUGACGAAAAUGCAGGCACAUAUUCGUGGGUGAUGCAGACAUGGUUGAAAGCAAUGGGCGGUCAAGCUCCGAAAAUUAUCAUCACUGACCAAGACGAGGCUAUGAAGUCUGUAAUAUCCGAUGUUUUUCCGUCGGCUCUUCAUUUUUUCUGUUUGUGGAACAUCACGGGGAAAGUUUCAGAAACAUUGAGCCAUGUAAUAAAGCAGAAUGAGAAAUUCAUGUUGAAAUUUGAAAAAUGUGUUUACAGAUCGUGGACCGAUGAUGAGUUUGAAAAGAGGUGGCAUAAACUGGUGGAAAGAUUUGAGCUACAAGAAAAUGAGUUGAUCCAGUCAUUGUACGAAGAUCGUGAAAAGUGGGUGCCUAACUUUAUGAAAGAUGGGUUCUUAGCUGGGAUGUCUACAGGUGUACGAUCGGAGAGUGUGAACUCUUUCUUCGACAAGUAUGUACAUAAAAAGACCACCGUGCAAGAGUUUUUAAAACAAUACGAAACAAUUUUGCAAGAUAGGUAUGAAGAGGAAGCGAAAGCAUCUUCCGAUACAUGGAAUAAACCACCCGUUUUGAAGUCUCCUUCGCCAUUUGAGAAGCAUGUGGCUGGGCUUUAUACACAUGCCGUUUUUCGGAAAUUUCAAGUCGAGGUUUUGGGGGCGGUGGCUUGUAUUCCUAAACGAGAGGAACAAGUUGAUGCCACCGUUACUUUUAAAGUUCAAGAUUUUGAGACGAGUCGAGAAUUUGUUGUCACGUUGAACGAAAUGAAAUCUGAAAUUUCCUGCAUUUGCCGAUUAUUUGAGUUCAAAGGUUUUCUAUGUAGGCAUGCAAUGAUUGUUCUUCAAAUCUGCGGUAUUUCGACGAUUCCUAUGCAGUAUAUUUUGAAAAGAUGGACCAAAGAUGCUAAGAGUAGAUACUCUAUGGGAGAAGGGUCUGAAAUGGCGCAGACGAGGCUGCAACGGUACAAUGAUCUUUGUCAAAAGGCGAUAAAAUUGGGUGAAGAAGGAUCGUUAUCGCAGGAGAGUUAUAAUAUGACACUUCGCGCACUUGAGGAUGCUUUUGAGAAUUGUUUGAAUGCUAACAACUGCAAUAGGAAUCUUCUAGAAGCUGGACCUUCAGCCUCGCCGGGUAUUCUGUGUAUCGAAGAAGAUAUUCAGAGUGGAAGUUUGAGCAAGACAAAUAAGAAGAAGAAUAAUACUACGACUAAGAAAAGAAAGGUAAAUAUGGAGCAAGAUGUUAUAACAGUUGGUGCAACAGAAAGCAUGCAACAAAUGGAGAAACUGAGCUCUUCUCGACCAGUCAAUCUUGAUGGAUUUUUUGGUCCUCAACAAAGUGUCCAAGGAAUGGUACAACUUAACUUAAUGGGUCCUGCACGCGAUAAUUACUAUGGGAACCAGCAGACCAUUCAGGGACUGGGCCAGUUGAACUCUAUUGCACCCACCCACGACGGUUAUUACGGCACUCAACCAGCCAUACAUGGACUGCAAAAAUGUCCACCGUUUUCAUUCUUUAAGGGGCAAAUGGAUUUUUUCCGCACUCCAAGUUUCGGAUACGGUAUUCGGGAGGAUCCAAACGUGAGACCUGCACAGUUGCACGAUGACGCAACAAGACAUGCUUGAGAACUAUCUUCCUCGACUAUUAAGAAGAGUUGUGGAAUAGAGUUAUCGGUGACUUAAUGUUAAUACAAGAUUAGUAUAUCCUGAGUGAAAAGAAUUGCCAGAGAAGAUUAUUUAUCUCUUCGUUCCGUUUGGUGGUAGUGAAUGAAUCAUGUGUUAUUGUGAUUUAAUGUUGUAGUUGAUUUUAGCUGUGUAUUACUAGUUAAUUCAUCAUGGUAAUUAGGAACCCGAAAAUGAGAGAAAAUUGUUUUGAAGUAUAAUUAAGAAUGUGGUUGUUUGUUGUGAAAACUAGAAAGGUAUAUGCAAGAAAUAGAAAUAGAAUGCUUUGUCCAA